CCAGGAGAAUGGACUCUUCCUCCACCUCAGCUCAGAGCACAGGGACGAUUUGGGACAUGUCUUUCCCAAUAGAACUUCAAAUCUCUGAAGACAAGGGCAUGUGCUGGAGUGUUGGUACUCACGGCCUUGAUCUAGGGACUACAAAGCUGGAACACAGUAACUCUAUGCAUGGAAAGUUGUCACUUGUUACACACUAAGAGGCUGUCAGUUCAUGAAAAUUCACUUCCAUGUGUAUUUUUGUUUUCCCUGACAGUGACCACGGAUGAACUCUUAAAAGAAGCAACCAGAUGUCCCAUCUGCACAGCUUACUUAGAAAAGCCAAUGUCCUUGGAGUGUGAAUGCGUCUUCUGCCUCAGCUGCACCAAUUCACUGCAGAAAGAGCCCCAAGGGGAAGGUGUCUUGUGUCCCUUCUGCCUGGUGGCUUCUCAGAAAAACAACAUCAGGCUCAAUCGGCAGCUGGGGAGUCUGGUUUCCCACAUUAAGGAACUGGAGCCCAAGCUGAAAAAGAUUCUGAAGAUGAACCCAAGAAUGCGGAAGUGCCAAGUGGAGGUGACCUUGGAUGUUGACACAGCUCACAACCUCCUCCUCAUUUCUGAAGACCUCAGGAGCGUCCGAUGUGGGAGGAUCCAUCAGAAUCGGCCAAACAGUGCUGAGAGAUUCAACUUGGCAGGUGCUGUCCUGGGCUCCCCUGGUUUCACCUCUGGCCGCCACUACUGGGAGGUGGACCUAGGAACAAGCACAGAAUGGAAUCUGGGAGUCUGCAGAGAAUCUGCCAGCCGCAAAGGGAACAUCCAAAUGACCACAGAGCAUGGAUUCUGGAUUGUGAGUUUGAGGGCUGAGGGCUUCCACUUUGCUAACACAAGCCCUCCAACACCCCUCUGGGUGAACCCCAAUUUACAGCGAAUGGGGAUUUUUAUGGAUAGAGGCAUGGGAGACAUCUCCUUUUACCACCUUGGAGAUGGAUCCCACAUCUAUACAUUCACGAAAGUUUUUCCUGAGGAGCCACUGCGCCCAUAUUUUGCUCCUUCCACCCUCCCAGAUCAGGGUGUCCUGAGUGUCUGUCCUGUGAUAAACCCAGGCACUGCCCAUCCUCUAGUCCAUCCUGGGGAGGGCAAAUAAACCCCCACUGCAUAGAAACAGGUUCGGGAAAUUAAAUUAUUUGGUGGGUAGACCUAGGAAGUUUCUGUUGGGUAUAUAUAUUUUACAAAAUCAUGGCACAAAAAUAUAGACCAUUCCAUGAUGUAGUUAACUUCAUAGAUUCAUUAGGAUAAAAGCUGAGUUUUAAAUAUUGAUUAUUGUCACCAUCAAACGUGUGAGUUUUGUGUUUAUAUUUUGUUUCCUAAUGAUAUGUAUUGUAUUCUUAAAUUCCAAAUGCUUUACCUUUUAUUUCUGUAAGUUCAGCUUGAUG